UGCCUCUCAUCUCGAUAGUAUGGCAGAUGCGACUUCCACCGAAAAGUCGUAUCGCGUCAAGCUAUACCAACUAGGCGAGAAUAGUAACUGGGAAGACAAAGGAACUGGUUACUGUACAUACAUUCAGAAUGACCUCCAAGCCGAGUUUCUUGUCAAAUCAGAAACAGACGAAUCCAUUUUAUUGCAAUCAAGGAUUGAAAAGAACCGGUUGUAUCAAAAGCAGCAAGAAACAUUGAUCGUUUGGACCGAGGACAAUGACGUUGAUCUAGCAUUGAGUUUCCAAGAAGCAGACGGAUGUGCAGCAUUAUGGGACCAUAUUUGCGACGUUCAGCGUGACCAUUCACUAGCCGGCCAAGAUAUUCACGGUAGCCCCCAACCCUUCAUGGCCACCAGUGUCGUUUCCUUACCGCCACCUGAGAUGUCUAAUCUCAACAAGAUAGAGGCUAUAAUAAAGGAUUGUGUCACAUUAGAUCAGAAGGAGAGGCUAUCAUCCUUCAUCAUCAUGGAGAAUUAUAUUGAUAGCCUUCUUCCUGUCUUUGAGACGUGCGAAGAUCUAGAAGAUUUAGAUGGAUUGCACGUUUUACACAAUAUAAUGCGAAGCAUAAUUUUAUUGAACGACAACAACAUUAUUGAACAUGUCAUCAAGGACGAAAUCAUCCUUGGUGUUGUUGGUAUAUUGGAAUAUGACCCUCAGUUCCCAAAACUCAAGGCCAACCAUCGAGAAUUUUUAGCCGACAACUCGAAGUUCAAGCAGGUUGUGCCCAUUCGAGACAAAUCUGUCGAGUCUAAGAUUCACCAGACUUUUCGACUACAAUAUCUCAAGGAUGUUAUACUAGCACGUGUUUUCGAUGAUCCGACCUUUUCUAUCAUCAACUCCAUGAUAUUCUUCAAUCAUGUUGAUAUCGUGACUCACUUGCAAAAUGACUCCGAAUUCUUGAAUUCUCUGUUUAACAUCUUGGCUGAUGCUAGGGCUUCGCUAGAGAAGAAAAGAGAGGUUGUUCUCUUCGUGCAGGAGUUUUGUUCUAUUGCCAAAAAUUUACAAAUGGCGAGCCGAGCAGAAGUGUACAACUCACUAUGCAACCAUGGGUUGUUCCAGAUAUUUGAAUACUCUUUGACAGACUCUGAUGUCAAAGUAAGGCUUGCCGGGGCCGAGAUAUUGGAGUCCGUUCUUGAACAUGACUCUGACCUUGUGCGAUCCUUUAUUGUCGACCAAAGCAAACGAGACCCAAAGGAAUCAUCAACAUCUUUGAUAGAGGUCAUCAUCGACCAGUUCACUAAAGACAGCGAUGAAGGUAUUAAGAUGCAGUAUGCUGAAGUUAUGCGAGCGUUGCUGGACACGAAUGCUGGCAUUGGUGAAAGCGUCAUGGCUGAAAUAAGUAGGGAUUCGGAUGCUGGACAAUUUUUGGUGCUGUUUUAUGACAAGUACAUGGUCCAAUAUGUGAAAGCCAUACUUGACAUUGAAACCAAACCAAUCACUCUCAAAGGCGACAUUGAAGAGUUGGUUCUUUCCCGUAGUGAAGCCGAGACCUGUCUGCAUAUUUGUGAUAUGUUGUGCUUUGCCAUUCGACAGCAUGGCAUACGAAGCAAAUAUUUUAUGCUUUCAUCGCCUUGCUUUAGCAAAGUUGCCCAGCUACUGCGAUGUAAGCAACAACACGUCAAAGCAGCGGCUAUCAGGGUAUUCCGAGCAUGCGUAGGCACGAAGGAUGAUUUUUAUUUACGAAAUUUAAUCAAGAAUCACGUCUUUGAACCCAUUGUGCGAACUCUCUUAAAUACACAAGGUCGUGACAACCUGUUAAAUUCCUCCAUCCUUGAGCUUUUCGACUUCAUUCGAAAAGAAAACCUCAAACUAUUGGUAUCCCACAUUGUGACUCAAUUUGGUGAUAGUCUUGAUAAAUUGGACUACUCUACUGUCUUUGCACAAUUACGAACAAAACACGAACAAAAUACAGAUCCUGACCCGCCAUCAGAGGAGACUGCUAAAGCAGCCGCAAGUACUGCAACUGUGAGACAUGAAGGAUGGGGUUCGGAGACCGUUGAUGAUCAGGAAGAGGAGUACUUUAAUACGUCAGAUGAAGAAGCUGGUGAAAAAUCGACAGAACCAAAAGCUCUGGUUGAAUACGAUGAUGAUGAAGAAGAAGAAGAAGAAGAAGAGAAAGAAGAACCAUCUGAAGAGCCACAGCCGUCAACCGAAUCUGAAGACGAUUCAUCAUCUCUAUCCGAUGAAAAGAGUAAAGAUGACGUUGAAGAGGAUGAAAAAAGUCAAGAGGAUGUUGAAGAGGAAGUCGAGAAAGCAAAGGAGGCAAAUGAUACUGUGGACGAAGCAACUAAAGAGGAGCGACCGCCACCGCCACCUCCUAAACGCCAGCAUUCUGAUGAAGAUGACGAUGGUGAUUUACUUGCGGCCAGAGCCACUCGACGUGCUGCAGCAGCAGCUCUCAAUUCCAAAAAGCAAAAGUUUAGAUGAAAUGGCUAUCCCCUCCUUCUGUUUCUAUAUACCUUUUUGAGUCAUGUCCUCCUUACUAUCUCUCCCUCUCUCUCUCUCUCCACAAUACUGUUCUCUAGUCAAUACAAUUUGUAUAAAGCCUUUCUUUUUAUAUCCUAUCCUAUCCUCAUCUCCAAUAGUCUAGGGAGUGUAUUGAAGCUGAGUUCACCAAAGAGCUGGGGUCAGGACCUGCUGCGAAGGAUUCGUGUGUA